CACCCAAAGUCCUGCUUCACAUCCCGGUGUGUUUUUCCGCCCUCACCGCGGGUCCUGAGGGGAGAGAGGACCGUUAAAACCGAGCAGCGGCAGCGGCGGCGUGGCUCGGCUCUCCAUUAAUCAGGCAUCAUGACUAACACCAGAGGCAAGAGGAGGGGGACGAGGUACAUGUUCAGCAGGCAGUUCCGCAAACAUGGACCGAUUCCCCUCUCCACAUACAUGCGUAUCUACAAGAAGGGAGACAUCGUUGACAUCAAGGGCACAGGUACCGUUCAAAAAGGAAUGCCUCACAAGUGCUAUCACGGCAAGACAGGACGUGUCUACAACGUAACUCAACAUGCUGUGGGCAUCAUUGUCAACAAGCAGGUCAAGGGCAAGAUCCUGGCCAAGAGGAUUAAUGUGCGUAUUGAGCACGUGAAGCACUCAAAGAGCAGGGACAGCUUCCUGCAGCGCGUCAAGGAGAACGAGAAGAAGAAGCUGGAGGCCAAGCAGAAGGGCACCUGGGUGGAACUGAAGCGCCAGCCUGCUGCUCCCCGUGAAGCCCACUUUGUCAGCACCAAGAACAACGUGCCCCAGCUGCUGGAGCCCAUCCCCUACGAGUUCAUGGCAUAAACUGCUGACCAAAAUAAAAAUGUUUGUACACAU